CUCCCCACCAUCUCUGUCACCUGACAGUGGGUGGGGAAGUGGACUGGUAUAUAGCUGUGCCUCUCCAGCCAGGCCAGAAACAGACGCCAAGGACAGAGACACUGACCAGCACCCCAGCACUGUUUCUCUGCCACCUUUUCACCAUGAAGCUGCUCGCACUGACUGUGCUGCUGCUUACCGUCUGCAGCCUGGAAGGGGCUCUGGUUCGGAGGCAGGCAGAAGAGUCCAAUCUGCAGAGCCUGUUCUCUCAGUACUUUCAGACCCUAGCCAGCUAUGGCAAGGACCUGCUGGAGAAGACGAAGGUCCUGGAGCUUCAGACUCAAGCCCAGACAUACUUAGAAAACACAAAGGAGCAGCUGACACCUCUGGUCAAGAAGGCUGGAGCUGAUCUGUUUAGCAUUUUGAGCAAUUUCAUGGACCCCCAAAAAACACAGCCUCCUAUCCAUUGAGAUCAUUGCCCUGCAACCCCCGCUGGCCCCAGAACACCCACAGGCCAGGUCUAGAGCCCUUCUCUCUACCUACCUUCCAUUUUCUACAAUAAAUGCAGGAGUCAAAGUCUGA